CUGUCUUUUUCAGUCUGUUCACAGUUCUCAAGAGGAGUCUACGCCAUCUUUGGAUUCUAUGACAAGAAGUCUGUAAACACCAUCACAUCUUUUUGUGGCACUCUACACGUCUCCUUCAUCACACCCAGCUUCCCUCUGGAUGGAACUCAUCAGUUUAUCAUCCAGAUGCGACCAGACAUCAAGGGGCCUCUCCUUAGCCUUAUCGAGUACUAUAAGUGGGACAAGUUUGCCUAUCUAUACGACAGCGAUCGAGGUCUCACAACACUGCAGGUUGUUUUGGAUAUGGCGGCAGAAAAGAAGUGGCACGUGACAGCCAUCAAUGUGGGGAACCUCAAAGAUGAGAGGAAAGAUGAAGCCUACCGCUCGCUUUUCCAAGAUCUGGAGAGCAAAAAGGAGAGGAGGGUGAUCCUUGACUGCGAACAGGACAAAGUCAAGGACAUCAUGGAGCAGGUCAUCACAAUUGGCCGCCACGUUAAAGGCUAUCACUAUAUUAUAGCAAAUUUGGGUUUUAUCGAUGGAGAUCUGUCCAAAAUUCAGUAUGGUGGAGCCAAUGUUUCAGGCUUUCAGAUCGUUGAUUUUGAAGAUCCAUUGGUUUCAAAGUUUGACCAGCGUUGGGAGGCCCUGGAGGAAAAGGAGUAUCCAGGAGCUGAUAGCAAAAUAAGGUAUACGUCAGCCCUGACCUACGAUGCUGUACAAGUGAUGACGGAGGCCUUCCGAUAUCUGCACAAACAACGCAUUAACUUCACAAGGAGGGCCAACAACGGAGACUGUCUGGCUAAUCCGGCCGUGCCGUGGGCUCAGGGAGUGGAAAUUGAGCGAGCUCUCAAACAGGUCCGAGUGGAAGGCCUCACAGGAAACAUUCAGUUUGAUCAACACGGGAAGAGAGUCAAUUACUCAGUGAAUAUCAUGGAGUUGAAGAGUAAUGGUCCGGUGAAGAUUGGAUACUGGAAUGAAGUGGACAAAAUGGCUGUCACCAAAUCGGAUGUUUUUACAAAUGAUACAACAGGAAUGGAAAACAAAACCGUCAUUGUCACCACCAUUUUGGAAGCUCCAUAUGUAAUGCUAAAAAAGAACGCUGACCUUUUCGUAGAUAAUGACCGCUACGAGGGUUACUGUGUCGAUCUGGCAGCUGAGAUAGCAAAGCAUUGUGGCUUCAAGUAUCAGCUGAAAAUAGUGGGAGACGGGAAGUAUGGAGCAAGAGAUGCAGAAACCAAAAUCUGGAAUGGAAUGGUUGGAGAGUUGGUUUAUGGGAAAGCAGACAUCGCAGUGGCACCUUUGACCAUCACGUUAGUACGAGAGGAGGUUAUCGACUUCUCUAAGCCAUUCAUGUCCUUGGGGAUCUCCAUCAUGAUCAAGAAGCCCCAGAAAUCCAAACCUGGAGUCUUCUCGUUCCUAGACCCCCUGGCAUAUGAGAUCUGGAUGUGUAUUGUCUUUGCCUACAUCGGUGUCAGCGUGGUGCUGUUCCUCGUCAGCCGCUUCAGCCCCUACGAGUGGCACACCGAGGAAUAUGAAGACGGCCAGAUCCAAACCAAUGAAUCGACUAAUGAGUUUGGCAUAUUCAACAGUCUGUGGUUCUCCCUCGGAGCCUUUAUGAGACAAGGCUGUGAUAUCUCACCUCGAUCGCUGUCGGGGCGUAUUGUUGGAGGUGUCUGGUGGUUCUUCACUUUAAUCAUCAUUUCCUCCUACACGGCCAACCUGGCUGCUUUCCUCACUGUUGAGAGAAUGGUGUCUCCCAUUGAAAGUGCCGAAGACCUGGCCAAACAGACUGAGAUAGCAUAUGGGACUCUGGACUCUGGCUCCACUAAAGAGUUUUUUAGGAUGUGGACAUACAUGCGCAGUGCGGAGCCCUCUGUGUUUGUAAAAACCACAGCCGAGGGGGUGCAGAGGGUCCGGAAGUCAAAGGGGAAGUAUGCUUACCUGCUGGAGUCCACCAUGAAUGAGUACAUCGAGCAGCGGAAGCCCUGUGACACCAUGAAAGUAGGAGGAAACCUGGACUCCAAAGGCUACGGGAUCGCCACGCCCAAAGGAUCCUCAUUAAGAAAUGCGGUUAACCUCGCAGUACUAAAACUGAAUGAGCAAGGCCUGUUGGACAAAUUGAAAAACAAAUGGUGGUACGACAAAGGAGAGUGCGGCAGCGGGGGAGGUGAUUCCAAGGUCAGCCCCAGUGAGCAAAGUGAUGGAACGCCAGUAAACCUUGCAGUAUUGAAACUCAGUGAGCAAGGCGUCUUAGACAAGCUGAAAAACAAAUGGUGGUACGAUAAGGGUGAAUGUGGAGCCAAGGACUCUGGAAGUAAGGAGAAGACGAGCGCCCUAAGCCUGAGCAACGUGGCUGGGGUCUUCUACAUUCUGGUCGGAGGACUCGGUUUGGCCAUGCUGGUGGCCUUGAUUGAGUUCUGUUACAAGUCCCGAGCCGAGGCGAAACGAAUGAAGAUGACGUUUGGAGAUGCCAUGAGGAAUAAAGCGAGACUUUCCGUCACAGGGAGUACUGGGGAGAAUGGUCGGGUGAUGACUCCAGAGUUUCCUAAAGCUGUCCAUGCUGGCCCUUAUGUGAGACCUGACAUGGGACUAAACGUCAGCCUGACAGAUCUAUCCUGA